UAUUAAAGUAGGCUGUUUCAUUUUCUCCCCGUGUAUCGUCAAGAAAUAGAGCGACAGGAAAUAACACGGAUUUUUCCUCGUGCUCUUAAAAGCAGCCAUUUUCUUUCCUCAUUUACGGAUUACUUUGCCCCACGAUUUCAGCAGAAAAAUACUGAGCAGAGAAAGAAGACGGUGGUUUCAUUUUACUGUGGUAGCGAUAUGAUCUUCUUAUCAGUUGGCCCGAAAAUAUAUUAACCGUUAUAAACAAAAUAAUAAAGCAUUGCCAAUUUGUGAUUAGGUAUAAAUCUGAUUAAACCGAAUGGGAGGGCGAAUGAAGAAUUCUUAUGAAAAGGAAUUAGCGUAGUUCUGAAAAGCAAAAACAAAAUACAUCUAAUUCUGAAUUUUAUUAGAUUUUUAAUAAGAGAGAUGGCUAGUGGGCAAUCUCCCGUCGCUUCAGGUUAGCGCAAAUAUUAGCAAUUUCACCUGUUAUUUACAUUCUAAAUAUUAUUCAGAAUUUUUCCUGAAUUUCCAUGAGACCACUACUUAAUGAUUGGUUGCGCUUAAAUGCAUGGUCCAUACUUGUCCAACCCUCUUUGGGUAUAGUUAAAUUUACUUUUGUCUGAACAAUAACAUUUCAUUCAGACUCGUCGACAGAGAACAGCUUCUCGUGGCACUAUCUUUUGACGAGAAGCCUAAAGCGUUUACUAAAUGAUGUGUCUAGACCACUGCCAUUAAUUAUUUGCCUGAUAAGUGGUGCCGCUACGUGUUCCCGAUUUUCGCCAGUCCGCACGACCUGUUAUUCCCCUCCUCUUUGGCAUAUUGUAAAGUUAACGUUUUUGUCAUUUAGUUAAAAGGACAAAAAUGAACAGCACGUUGGCUGACACCGGGGACGACAACAACGGAAGGAGUACGUAUAGUUCAUGGAACAAUACUCUUUCUGAAGCAGAAGGAAUUGCAUGGUGCACCGCCUACAUGCUGGCAUCUGUCUUCAUUGUCGUCGGAAACUUGCUCACUAUUGUCGCCUUUGUGUUAACGAAGAACCGAUUCCGUAAGAAAAGUCUAUUUCUUGUCAUCAAUAUGGCAUUUGCUGACUUAAUGCUGGGAGCUGUCUCUCUACCGGUUUACAUUUACAUCAUUGGUGUUGAUCAUUUUGGGCUGUGGGGAGGAACUAUGAAUAGGCUUUUGCAUCUGUUCUACAUAAUCAUAGACACUGUCUUCUUACAGGCGUCGACAAUUUCUGCGGUAUUGAUGGCUGGCGAGCGAUUUUACGCCGUUUAUUGGCCGCUUAAACAUCGAGCACUGUCAACAAGAACGUACCGCACUGUCAUUGUUGCGGCGUGGAUAACAACUCUCGUUGUAUCCCUAGUUUACCUCGCAUUCCUCAGCUUCAUGUCUCAAAGGCAUGCCAUAUACACCUGGAUACCUUACGCCGUGAUUGUGGCAUCCGCCAUAUGCGGUUGUAACAUCGGUGUUUGGAGAAAGUUUCGACAGGGUCGUCUCGUGUGGCAACACCAAAACAGAGUCUUACAAAACCAACGAUUGACAAAGACUUUGCUUCUUGUAUCCGUUCUGUCUCUGCUGUCUUGGCUGCCUCUGAGUAUUGUCAUAUUUUUCAUAGUCUCUGUCGAUCAUAUCGCUUCAGGAACUUUCACCAUUUAUUACAUUACCGUUCUGCUAAAUUAUUCCAACUCUUUCGUAAAUCCAGUUGUGUACGCACUUAGAAUCCCUGAGUUCAAACAAGUGAUGGGAAAGUACUGCCUCAGAAGGCCAAACGCGAGAUCCAUAAUGAGCGCGACCAAGAUAAAUACUAAAGGAAUAAGUAGCAGGGCUAGCGCUGUUACGUUGACAUCGAUGCUAGUAGCUGUGGAAACCGCCCCUAAUCAACCAGCGUUCGAACAAGAAAUUGAGAACACCAAAUUGUAACAAGACAGGAUUUAAGGGCUGCAUGCUUGUCGACGGUUUGUUUCUCUUUUUCGUAUAUCGUAGUAUAGUAUUUAAUUAGUUCCUUUUCUGCUUAGCCCGUUUAAUUCAAAGUAAAUCCAUUCUGAACUUAAAUUUAUGUUUUCUGCCCCCAAAAAUGGUUCUGAAUAAAGUGUAAAUGGAAUUAAAAGGGAAACAAAUUAGAUCAGUACAACAGCUCUAUUUUAAUGAUUUGCUUUGCACUGUAUCUAAGCCCGGAGCUAUUUUUCUAUUACUUUAUAAAGCUAAGGUUCUACCUAAAGAUCAGAGAGUGAAAGUACUAAUUAAUUACUGCCGUCAUUGCUUCGCUGUGACUUUAAUUAAUAAGAAAAAUCCUUCAUUUUGAUGUCAGAUAAAAACGUGUCGUUAGCCAACAAAAGAAAGAUCGAUCAUAUUCUAAACGUUUUAGGCCGAGGUCUUUUUUGCAUCAGAGGAAUACUGAGGGAGCUGAAGCAAAGCACCACUACGACGCCAACGAGAAUGUCAUCAAACAAAAGGUUUAAUGAGCAGAGCAAUGACUGUAUAUUUCUUUGCCGUCCUCUUCAAAACAAGAACGAGAAAUACGUAGUCUGAGGAAUGCGAACAACGACGGCUAAUUUUUGGUAUUUCCAUUUGGAAUUGAGCGCUGUUAUUGUAUAUUUAGCUUGAGCACGCUUUUACAGCCAUUGGCGUACUGAACUGAUCAAGACAAUGGCGAAUUUCGCUAGAAAAAUGUAAAUUCAUUUCUGACUAGGCGCUGUCGUUGCUUAAGUUCCCUACUGAAGCAAAUAAAACUGAAAUUUUUGAGAAGGAAGGUGGGUGGGGCACUCAGUCGAUUAACGAUUACAACAUGGCUUUAUACGGAAGCAAGCAGUGUUGGUGUUGAGUAUAGUAACCAUUAAGUCAAAGUUGUACAAAGUUCUUUUGUCAGCUGUCUUAGCUUUUUGUCUUUUGCUAUUCAAGAAUCAUCAAUCCAUCAAUUUCGCAUUGGAGGCAGUUGAGGGGAUUUCCGGUCUCUCUUGAAGCAAGCAAGCAAGCAAGCAAUAGCAACAAAUAAGCUUUUCUUUUUGAUUUCGCAAAAAAACAUAUCUUAACAUUUUGGAAAAUUGAGAUCUCCAAACAUUACGAAAGUUCUAGGUCGAAAUCGAAAAAAAGCAAAAUCUACACUCGCCGAAAGGUGGUAAAGCCAUUAGCCUAAUUUUGUCAACUAAUUAGCGACUACAAACUGAAAUAAUAAUACUUGUGUGUUAUAUGUAUGCCCCAUGUAAACUAAGCAGUCUUAGUCAAUGUUUUUUGUUUUGUUUUGUUUUGUUUUGUUUUGUUAUAUAAUUGCAAUUUCUUUUUCGUGACUCAACUGUAAUUAUGGGACCGUAAUUUGUGUAAGUCCGGCUUCUA